AUGUCUGUGAUCUGCACAUUGAAGAAUUUCCCGAAAUUUUAUCGUGUCUGUUUUGACGAGAUUUCGAUCGCUAUCAGUGAUGUAAAAACUAACGUCAUUCGACAAAUGCGUGCGUCUGAAGACCGGGAGUGGGACCUGGUAGCGUUCAACCUGGAAACAAAAACCGAGUAUGAGGAUAAGGAUGUCGUGCGCCGCAAUACAAGGAUUUUAUUGCAACGACGACUGAUCCCGGAGGAUCAACUCCAGGAGAGAAAAAGGAAGCUUAUGUGGAAGCGCCAAGAAGUUGAACUCCAGGAGAAGUUGGAGAAGUUAAAAGGGGAUGCCGCCUGCCGGAAGCAAGUGGAUUUGACGAAAACGGAAGGUUCUGAUGUGGAUAAAAUCAUGAAGAUGAUGGAGUUGUCCACAGCCGAUUAUUCUCCAUCGAACUGGUUAAAAGUCCCUUACAAACAAAGUGGACCGGUGCCAGCUUCGUAUGUCUGUCGGCGAUGUCACAAGCCGGGGCAUUGGGUUUACCAAUGCACUUUUACCGUAAAUGGGAAACCGGCUUGUAUAAAAAAAGCCAGAGGUAUCCCGCAGUCGAUGCUGAAGGAAGUUGAGGGCCCUGAAGUCUCCGGAGCGAUGCUUACCGCUACGGGGAAAUACAUGGUAUAUACUGGGCUGAAGGAACAGCCGCCUUCAUCAUCAUCACCACGGCUACCACAACGGCCAUCGACUUCAUCAUCAUCGCCAUCGCCACCAUCAGCAUCUCCAUCUCCAUUAAUGGCAUCAUCAUUACCACCAACACCAUCAUCAUCGUCAACUCCACCAGCACCAUUAAAGUCCUCAUCCUCGUCACCGAAACCGUCUAUGUCAACGUCAUCACCAUUACCACCACCAUUAGUAUUGUCUUCGUCGUCAUCUCCACCAGCACCAUUGAUGACCUUAACCUCGUCAUUGUCACCGUUAGUGUCAACGUCACCGUUAACGUCAUCAUCACCAGAACCUUCAUCAUCAUCUUCAUCGUCAUCAUUACUACUGCCAUCAUUAUCGGAGAGUACUGGAAAGCAAUUGCCAAACAGCUAUACCCCGAGCGUCGUUGACAGUGCUUGGCACUAUCCGUCCUCAGAUGAUCAAAACUCGGGGUAUCAAAUUGAUUAUGAGUACCCCUUGUAUCAACAAUAUCAGGGAUGGGAACCGUCGUAUACGGACGCUUAUCCAUCAUACCAGGGUUACGACUACGGCAAUUACCAGCAUCACCAGACAAUCGACGAUGCUCUGGAUGCAUUCCAGAGGUACCUCCGAAAGAAGGAUGCCAAGAAGAGGGCCCAGAGAUUUAGAGCUGGAGGCUCCAGGUCUUCGAGGACUCAUAGAAGAUCACCCUCAUCGACUCAUCACCAUGGAUCAAAGAGACGUUAA